CUGGGGCGGCCCCUGCGUAGCGCCGGGAGCGAGCUGAGGCCUGCGGGAGAAGAGCCGCUUCUCCGGCGGCGAGGCUGCGUCUGCAUCAGCCCCGGCAGCUGAAAGCAUUCUCCGGGCAGGGGCUCUCCGGUGCAGGAGCCGGGCGGCGGAGGCGGAGCCCAGCUGUCCUGUGCGCGGCGUUGCGGUGCCGGAAAUUGCUGUGUAGAAGGCUACCUCAGCUUUUUGAUAAGCAGGCAUGGCUGUCACGCUGCAUACUGAUGUGGGAGAUAUUAAAAUUGAACUCUUCUGUGAGCGUACUCCAAAGACUUGUGAAAAUUUCCUGGCUCUUUGUGCUAGUAACUACUACAAUGGAUGCGUAUUUCACCGAAAUAUAAAGGGCUUCAUGGUUCAGACAGGGGAUCCAUUAGGCACUGGGAAAGGAGGUAACAGCAUCUGGGGCAAGAAGUUUGAAGAUGAAUUCAGUGAAUAUCUAAAGCACAGUGUCCGUGGGGUAGUUUCCAUGGCAAACAAUGGUCCCAACACCAAUGGAUCGCAGUUCUUCAUCACUUACGGCAAACAGCCACACCUGGACAUGAAGUACACAGUGUUUGGAAAAGUUAUUGAUGGCUUGGAGACCCUGGAUGAGCUGGAGAAGCUGCCCGUGAAUGAGAAAACCUAUCGACCUCUUAAUGAUGUUCGCAUUAAAGACAUUACAAUUCAUGCCAACCCUUUUGCUCUGUAGCCACAGAAUGCCUCAAUACAUUCUUCAGAGACUGGUCAGAUAAUUCCCAGAUUAUGGGGUAAGAGCCAUCAAAAAGGGGUACUUCAGCUGGAUCAUAUCUUUGCUCAUUGAAUGCAGAUCAUAUCUUUGCUCAUUGAAUGCAGAAUUUUCAGGAGCUGUGACAUUGUUUGGGAGUUGUCACAGAGAAGUCUUGUGCUUCCAAAGCCAGGUUUUCCAGAGUAUCUUCCAGCAUUUUGAUUUUUAAACACUGGUGGGUUUUUUAUACUUGUAAAAUAAAAGAACUUUAAUUUUUUUCAUAAUCUUUGGUUUUUGCAUUAUCUUUUUGAGUGAUGUUGUGUUAAAGCAAUGUCCUUGGCUAUAAUUUCAUGCUACCAGUUUUGUGAAACUUUCUCGUAGUGUCAUUUUCCUUACUCAGUUUUCUCAAAAGAGUUAAGUAACACACACAAUUUUUUCCCCUAGGUGAGAGCAGUGUCAUAAAUAGAGGAAACCUAUCCCUCCCAGAAGAUUAAAGAACAUAUUUAGAGGGGUGUUUGCUUUUGUGCUGCUGUGUUGGAACAAUAACCUCCCCUAAAGGUAGAUGGGAGUAUUGCUUCUGCUUCUGGCACAACACUGUUGCUAUGAAAGAGUAUUUCUGUCCUUACAUAGCUGUUGAUUGAAACUAGGUAACAUGGAUUUACUGUAACUUGUUUUUCAUCACUUUCUUGCACAAAGACUAGGGGGUAAACACAACAAAGAGCACUGCCAAAAAGGCUGUGGUCACUUGAUGUUGAACAGAUCAGAGUCAUUUUGGACUUCUUCCCCCAGUCCUCUUUCCACUCGGUGAGCAUCCCUUGGCAAAGCCCAUUCUUAUGUAUACGCUUUGUAAUCCUUGGGAGGCUCAAGGUCUGCUUGACUUGCAGUCUGCUUCAGACCAUUAUUUCCCAUUUUGAGACUUGGCCUCUUAAAAUGAUGAGAACUCUUUGCAAAAGGAAGGCGGAGGUAUGCCAGGUGCAGAUUACUGAUGGUUAAUGAGAAGAGUUAAUCAAUACCUGCUCAAGGCGACAAAGUUUCUGUAUUCUUCAUGGAAUGUUGCUUUAAGCUCCCAGCCCAUUUUCCAGACUUAAUAUAUUCUAGUGUAAUACUUCAGGUAAAGGAUUUUAUUCUUUUAGCUCUGUGCUCUCUUCCUUAUAACCAGCAGCAGUAGCAAGUAGACAGAAAUGUGCACUGGCACACUUGAUUGACACUACUGCCACACAGGAGGAAGGACAUACCGGGAAAUUUCCUACAGUGCAAAGGAACUGUAAGUAAUUAAUAAUUUAGUAUUAUUGAGGAACUGGGAAUAAUUUCAGGUUGGUUUGUUUGUUUGGUUUUUUCCUCCACAAACAGAAGGCUCUUCUAUAGAGAAUGUGAAAGAUGGCAGCACCAAAUAUUUUGCUCCCUGGAGGAUACACAUUAAAUGACAUUAAAUUAUUAAAUGUAGAUAGAUUUUUUCUUUUUUAAAUCUAACGUUGUGUAUUGAAAGGAGAGUGAUCCUAUUGGGACAAAAUCACAAAUAAACUCUACAAAAUUGUAUUCUGUCUCCUUUCCUGGACUUGGUCUAAGCUGGAGAA